AUACAAACAUAACUACUGUGUUUUUGGAUUGCUAUUUUCAUGUUUUACAAAUUUUUUUGGAUUACAUUUGAGUCGAUUUGACAUCGGAGAAUGACGAUACGGUGAAUAUGGGGCUGAAUUUUAGGAGUUUACGGGGGAAUUUUUUUGGGUUUUAACGGGGAACGCUGCGGGUUAGAAAUUGGUUGAUGUUGUUUGCUAAUUCAUUCUUGCAUAAUUCAGAUUUUAAUUAGAGAUAAGUUGAUUGAGAAAGUUUAGAGAAAAAGAGUUCAUUUUGGAGAAGAAAAAGAAGAAGCUAUGGAAGAUGGUGAGCUUGGGGGGAAAAACAACUAAAUUUAUCUUAUAAAGUUAUAACUAAAUUAUAAGGUUAUAUUAUACUAACCUCUUUUUUUUUUUUCUUUUUUUUUUAAAGUAAAAAAAAAAAAGAUUGCUAACCAUAGUUAAUAGUCUAUUUAAAAGUGUUUUAACAUUAACUUAAUAAAUGGUUAAAAGUAAUUAAGUUACUUAAACUUAUGGGCACCCUGUAGAAGUUUGGAUUUAAAAGGAUACAACAUAGAAAUCGCGAUAAUUUGAGGGUACCAUGUAGAAAAACCCAAUAAAUAAAUAAAUAAAUAAAAAAAAAAAAAGUGGCGCGAGUUCCACUAAAAUGGUUAUCAACCAUUUUUAAAUCUUCUAAUUUUAGUAGUUUUCUACUUCAUAAUGUCUCUUAUACAACUUCAUAGUUUUCCGUCCUCCUUUCUUCAAAUCAAUUUGAAACCUAAAACCCCAAAUCACACUAAAAAUUUCAACUUUUCCCUCAAAUUUCCCCUUAAAUCUUCAAUUAAACCCUCCAUUUCCCUUAAAUUCUCUUCAAUUCCAUCAUCCGCUGAUUCACUCUCCUCUUCAAUCUCAUCUUUCCAAUCAAUCAAACCCUAUAUUCAAUCGGAAUGGAGGUUAAUCCUUCAAGGUUGGACUUGCAGCGCAAUUUCUGUGUUUUCUCUCUCCAAAAUUGUUCCUAAAGCUGGGAAAUUAUCCCUAAUUUUGGGUGAUUUUAGUUCGAUUAACAACGAUGUUGCUAUACUUGCUUCAUACUUUGUUGUUCGAUUGAUUGCGAAUUACUUGCAACAGGCGUUCUUGUGGGAGGCAGCGUUCAAUUGUGCCUAUAAGAUCAGGGCUUAUGUUUUUCAGAGGGUUUUAGAGAGAGAUUUAGGGUUUUUCGAAGGCGGCGAUGAUCAUGGUGUUUUUGUUUCUUCUGGAGAUAUCUCACACCGGAUCACUUCCGAGGCUUCUGAUAUUGCUGAAACAAUCUUUGCUCUUCUAAAUACCAUAGUUCCUUGCACUCUCCAGUUAUCGGCUAUGGCGGCACAGAUGUUGGUCAUCAGCCCUGUUCUGUCAACGAUAUCUGCCUUGGUUAUUCCUUCUGUGGCACUUGCUAUUACUUUACUUGGUGCGAGGCUUCAAAGAAUUUCAAGGAAGGCACAUCAGAGUAUCGCUGCUCUUUCCGCUUAUUUGAAUGAGGUACUCCCCUCAAUCCUUUUUGUUAAAGCUAGCAAUAUGGAGUGGACCGAAAGUGUUAGGUUCAAACAACUUGCUCAUGCUGACCUGAACCGACAGUUAAAAAAGAAGAAAAUGAAGGCCCUCAUUCCUCAAAUUGUGCAAGCUGUUUAUUUUGGAGCUUUGCUCAUCUUUUUGGCUGGGUCGCUCUUUUUAUCCAAGGGAUUCUUCAACACUUGCAGCUUGAUCACGUUUUUUACUUCCUUGGCCUUCUUAGUUGACCCUAUUCAGGGUGUUGGAAAAGCAUACAAUGAGUUGAAGCAAGGAGAGCCAGCUAUUGAGCGUUUGUUUGAUCUUACUAGAUUCACCCCUCGGGUGAUAGAGAGAGUGGAUGCAAUUCAUAUAAAUUCUGUCAGAGGUGAAGUGAAGUUUUGUGAUAUAUCAUUUCGAUAUAAAGAUGGUUUACCCCUUGUCUUGAAUGGUGUUGACCUCCACAUUAAAGCUGGAGAAAUAGUUGCUAUUGUGGGCCCAUCUGGAGGAGGGAAAACAACUUUGGCUAAACUUCUUCUUCGCCUAUAUGAUCCCUUGCAUGGUUGUAUAUUAAUUGAUGGACUCAACAUUCAAUGUUUUCAGCUGGAAAGUUUACGGAGACAUGUUGCUUUAGUGUCCCAAGAUAUUAUGCUGUUUUCAGGGACAGUUGCUGAGAAUAUUGGCUAUAAAGAUCUUAUGAGAGGAAUUGACCCAGAGAAAGUUGAGCUAGCUGCAAAAACUGCAAAUGCUGAUGAGUUCAUCAAUUUGCUUCCUAGAGGGUAUGAGACUUAUAUUGGUUCACGAGGCUCAAUAUUAAGUGGGGGGCAAAAGCAAAGGCUUGCAAUAGCAAGAGCAAUUUAUCAGAACUCCUCCAUUUUGAUUAUGGAUGAAGCAACUUCUGCCUUGGAUAGCAGGUCUGAGCUAUUGGUGAGACAAGCUGUGGAGCGUGUGAUGAAAAAUCAUACUGUUUUGGUCAUUGCUCACCGGCUUGAAACAGUUCUGAUGGCUGAGAGAGUCUUCCUCCUAGAAGCUGGUAGGCUGCGAGAGGUUGACCGUUCAAUGAUAAUUAAUAACUUCCACGACUUGCAAUCAUCAGCUAAUCUUGUCAUAUGAACUAGAUCCAGAAGAAUGCCAUGCACUGAAAGGACAGGCUAACCCCUAACGCCUCAUUCAUGGCCAACCACUGUAUUCUUGUUUCUGGAGCAAUUGUAUUUCAAAGCUCUACAGUGUGAAGCAAUUGGUGAUUGGCUUUAGAAAAUGUCACUGGAAGAAAAUGGAAGAUCCUGAUCUAAUUUUAUGAGGUACUUUCGGGGUUAAAGAUUUGGAUUUCCAAAUCAAAGUAAAUAUUGGUUGCAACUUUCUUGUUCAAUCUGGGUAAAGGUGAAUCAGGAAUUCAGGAGUUAGGAUACAUUUUUUGCUAUGUUUACUGCGUUAUAAGAAUGCAAAUUGUAAUAUUGUUUAUAGAUAAUAUUGAUAUAGGUAGCACAGGUUUUUUUUUUUGAAACUUGUCAUCAAUUUUUUCUAAUUGUAUGACCGUGGAUUGAUCAUGUCUUGAUGUCUAUAUUACUAUGUAUAAUUUAUUUGCAUUAUUAAGAUGGAUUGUUAGUGUUUUGUCUCAA